UGGUUCUAGUUCGCCAAUUUAGAGACCAUUCGUCUGAUCGGUCGAGUAGGAAAACAACAAAAUAAUUCACGACAACCACAACAAGUUAAUUUUUUCUCAAAAUGUGGUAUUUUGUCAUAAAUUAAUCACAAUUUUCGGGACGAUAAAAUUUAAAAGGCUCUGAGGUAACAGAGGAUGCCAUACCCCUACCAGACUCGUAGUAAAGAUCAUCCCGAAAGAAGGGAGAAAAUGAAACAUUGUAGUCCGAAACCAGAACGACUAUAUCCAGACCUUGAGAAAUUAAAAGAUGACAGUAGUCCAAAACACAGCCCUGCUGCUGCAAGACGUGGUAACAGGGGAAAGAAAGACAAGUACCGUGAUAGAGCCGGAAACGAUUCUUCAGAUACUGAUAGUGUGAGAGGAAGUGACUCUGACGAUGCUCAAGAUGAGGCCGAUUUCAGUCCAAAGAGGGUAAAUGUCUCGCACGAGUUGAGGGGGUCAAGUAAUGUGAGUUUUAACCAUGCAGGCGAAGAUCAGAGUUUUCAUCAUGACAUAGGGAGCGAAGCUGAAGAAAACUUGAGUGAUUCGAAAUUCUCACUGCCUCGUACUCCACAGCACAGUAAUGUCUCAUAUAAUAUGUCGUCUGAUGUUAACAUUUCAUCACUAGAAGUCCGAAAAAGACAUACUCCUGAUCAAAGGCGCAAGAAGAGUCCAUUACGUCCCCAUAUUGAAACAGUGUCUGAGUAUUCCGAUGGUGGGAAUCGCAUCUGGAUCAUACCAGAUUAUUGUAUUUAUUGCAUUUUGGCCCUGUUUGCCCUCGCAUUACUCUACGGCAUGUACUUGAAAGUGAAUGAUGAGUCGACCCCAGUUGUACAAACUGAACACAUGGAGAAAUCAGAUUUAGACCAAUUGGACAAAAAGUUGGAUGAAAUGCGGCAAAAGUUUCCAAAUCAGACUGAACGACAUUGGAAAAUUAUCAGGGCGCAGUUGAAGAAGCUAUUUCGUCCUGGUCCACAAACGCAACCUGCUAUUAUCCUCUUUGCUGCGCUGCCAGGUGCUGUUGAAGCCAUGAACUGCAUUGCAAAAGAAAUCGGUGACAUUUUUGCAGAAAUUACAAAAUCGAAAAGCCCUGUUGAGGUUCACGGUGGUGAGUUGGCAUCCGAGGAGGAUAACAAAGCGAAAUUAGAACUUGACGAAAUUUUGUCGCAACGAUUUCAAAGCGGUCAUCGUGUUGUAAUUAUGUUUGAAUUAGAAUCCUUCCAUGGGCAGCCGUUGCUUUUGCUGCAUAGUUAUUGUGAUCAUGAAAACGCUGCAUUUAAAGACGUUGUGAUCAUGUUUACGUUGCGUCUCGAUACAAAUGAGGCAGACACCAAUAUCAACGAUGAAUUCAUUGAAGAUUAUUUAGCCACCAUUUGGCAGAAUAAAGUUGGCAUAGACGAGAUGGGUGCGCUCCGCAGCCGGGUUGCGAACAAUAAAGCAAUUGGCCAGGCAGAAUUAGAUACUGUGCUAAACAGAUAUUGUUCAUAGGGAGAUUACUACUACCAAAUAUAUAUAAGCUCGCCUUAUAUAUUUUUGCUACUACUGACAAGUAAUGGAAUCUCUUCGAAGAUAGCUAAAAAAGUACCCUGUUGUUGGGGUAUUUAUUUUGCACAAGAAUCUAAUGCUUUACAAAUAGAUGUUAUAAAUAUUGCUUUUGUUGCUUGUAAAAUCAUAAAAUUCAUUAUCGGUAUCAAGAAUACUUGAUACCGUAUCUGGUCGUGGCUACUUGUACUUUACUGCUGUCAACACCGACCUGACCAUAUGUGUGAUGCUCGGUCAAAAGAGGUCACUGAAAUUAAACAAGAUUUCUCAAUUUUCUUCUUUGAAAAUGUUACUGUAUAAGUCAAAUGAAAGCCCUGACUUGGUUCUGAGGGACUGUAGAAAAAGAAUUUUGAGGCUGAAAGAGACUAGACAGAGUUGGUCAGAGGUCUGGGUCAUUUUGUCUUUUUUUCCCCAAAUUGACCUAACCAAUAAAAUAUUUGCACUUGAACAAAUGCUCUCUUGGCACUCUUCAAAUUGUUUUGAUUUUGAGAUUCUAGCUUUUCUUGGCCAGGUGCUGGAAAAAUGGGAAAUUCCCCAGGACAUUUCAUUAUGCUAUUCAGAGUGCAGCAAGUAGGAAGUAAAU